UGUAUGUGUUUAUUACUAUUAUGUGUAACUCAGGUUACUUUGGGCGUCCGUUGUCUUAUGACGAGGCAUUGGACGCCCUUACUUGUAUAAAUAUACUUGUUUGUCGUACUAGUGUUACUUCUGAAGCGUGCUACACGUCAUGCUUAUCUUAUUUACGGGAGCAUAUGUCAUCACUUUCUUUACGUGAUCUUCGUGCUACUCAGCCUAGUUACGACUGUAAUUCUUCAAAGCGCCAUCAUGAGCGUUUUCUGUUAUCACUUAAUCAAUCGGAGAAGAUGUCAAUAGCUGCGGAGAUUGAGGCAUCAUACAUAUCGGCUCACAGUGUAAGUCGCAGUAUUUUAUUUCCUGACCUUACUUCUACAAUAUACGGGAUUGCUUCUGGUUCAAAUCAUCCUCACAUUCGUGAUAACUCUCGAUUUAGGAUUAGAUACAUACAGGAAUCUGAUGUGCCCAUUUUGGAUAGGCGUUUAUUCAGUCAGGGCUCCAUUGCUGCCGCAGUGGUGAUACACGACGUUGAUGUUGUCAACAGUCAAAGUUUACGUGAUAUAUUUUAUUGUGAAUUCAAUCGCGUAUAUGACUAUUUUGGCACAUCAAUAGUGCAUAUGUUAUGUUGUGCUUCUUUAGGUUUUGGUUUAUUUUCUGCGGAUUACUUACGUCCUUUAUAUCCUUGGUUGAAAUACAACCGUACAUUGAACAAGUUAAAGGUUGAUACUAGUAUUGAGGGUUUUUCAAGUCACACUUUAAACAAUGCAGCAUGUCGUGAGUUGAUAGUUCUUUACAGCACUGACUCUUCUAUAACCUAUUUUUUACGUGAGUUGGUCAUCCAUUGCAUAGUAACUGUUUUGGGCGAUUUCCUGAAGACUUUGAGCACUUCUCGUCUGGCUGAAGGGGCUGUAUUAACUCAGUACGAUGAACAUGAAUUUGUUAAGAAUUUACCGAAGAAGCAGCGUCUACUGUUAUCUGAGGGUCGUACCUUGAAGGUUCAAGGUGAUAUUCUGAUGAUGCUAGACAAUAUACCGCAAAGCAUUUCCCUGUAUAAGCUUGCUCGCAAGCGUUCUAAAUCCGCUGGUGAUAGUUUGUUUUAUGCUGUCUCUGGAUUUUGUAUGGCUAUAGCUCUAAGCCGCCAGUCUGUAAUUCGUAAAUUGGAGUUGAACCGUUCUCAUUCAUCCUCUGGUAGUAACACAAAGCUGGCUGUAGACUCUAGAUGCAAUGAAUUGCAUGACUCUCCUGUUACAUCUCCAAAGGAUACGGGCGCAGUGUCCAAGGCUAAUCUCGACAAUAAGUUGUCGCAUAAGACAUCAGUUCACCGUCGUUUGUUUAUAUUUCGUAAACCUUCUACUGCACCUCGUCGUCGUCGUACUCAUUCUAAUGGUUCCUCAUCUCAGUCUUCGGAGGGCGAUGCGGAAUUGCAUGAUGAUGAACUGUUUGAAACACCUGUUAUUGCCGGUGCAGGUUAUAUAACUACUGAAGUGAAGGAUGCCAUAUUGGAUGCUCCGGUAAUAGAGGUUCCAGCAUCGGGUACACCUGACGGUAUCUCCAUCGAGGGGAUAAUGUUACCAUCUCGGGGUGAACAGUACUUCAAGAGUCCAUCUACUGAUGAAUAUGUUGACAAAAUGGCGGAGAUUACUAUUUCUACGUAUAUAAAAUCACUUGACCGUUUGUUGUCGUUGGGAACUGUUCCUUUGCGUGAGCUUGGGGUAUUAAUCCCAUUGAUGUUACAUUACCUUCGUGAUAGCGGUCGCCACACUGAAUUACACCGGGCGAUUGCUUGCGUUAUCUCGUUUAGUGCUUCCAGGUUACAAUGCGUGGAUUCACUAAAUCUAUUGCGCUACUUCAUAGAAUUCACUCGUGACGGCCCCUUUUAUCGUAAGUGGACCUUUUACAACUAUUUGUAUAACUCGCGUCGGCUUGAGCAUGGAUGUGAUGGACCAUGUCCCAACUUGGAUAACAUAACGCAGCGUUACGGCUUGGUAACAUCUUUGGGUUCUAUUGAGAUUCCUGAUAGCACGGUGGACGUGGCCCCGUACCUUAUGGAUGACAAUGUGAUGCCCAUGUAUCCUUUGCCUUCAGAUCCGCUGGAACCCAACUUAAAUCGUAGUUUUUCAGCGGAGUCUAGUACUCGUAAAUGUGUCACUCGUGGGAAACAUGGUGAGAUUCAAGGUCAUUCAUCAUUACCAGCGAAGCGAAGCUCCAGUUCCCACUUGUCCUCUUUGACGUUACGGGAUGUUCCACUCGGUGUUCAUGAUACUAGAUCGAGUGGAUCUGCUUCAGAUAUACACAAAUUCACGUAUCGUAAAUCAUUUUCUUCUGGCAAUGGUUCUGGAUGUCCUACGCUAGAUGAGUCUGGGUAUACUUUGGGUAAGAGUCGUUCCAAGGACGGUAUUAUCACUACUGAAACUAGUAGAAACGUUCUUAUGGGCAUGCCUUCGGUAAAGGACAUUAUCAAUAACCUCGAAUCACGUCGUGAUUCCAGUUGCAGCAUAUCACCAUCAGCUGUUGACUGUGAUGCGCAAUCCUUCGAACCGCCGUGUGACGGCAUGAAUAUUGGCAAUUUGUUACCUCGUCGUAUGGAUUCGGGCAUGUCGUUAUUAAACCCUGAUAGCGGGAUAUACAUAUCACCUGAAAUAGAACACUUACUGAAUCGAGUUGCGUUAAGCACUUCACGACAUCUAUGGCUUCAUCAGCAUUCAUCAGCUACUGACACUGGUUUAGGUGAGUUCCCUGCUAUGUUUGAUGCUACAACCGCACUAUCUAUGCGUGAAUGCGAGUUACACGGUCAACGCCUAUCAGCGGCGCAUCUCGCGUUGAUUAGGUUACUAGUAGUUGCUGAUCAGGUAUGUACUGGCUUGUGCAAUCGCAUGGUCACUGUGAAGCACGGUGGCAGUUCUAGAUAUCGUCACAAGAAGCCAACGUUUGACCAUACCACCGCAAUUUCGGGUUUUAAAUCGCAACAACUUGAUCUUGAGACCUCCGUGUCGGCGUUUACUGCUGCGUGCAAUUUAGUCGCAACAGGUACUCGUGCUGCUCCGUUCCGUUGCAGCCAUUUGAUAUUAUCCACGGAUACUUCGAAGGCACUUGAUUUUCCUAUGCGUGGGUACAGGCCAUUACUCGUACCCCUUAAAACUUGUGACUAUACUUUGCGGCAUGUUGGUGAUCGUUUACUCUAUGUAUUUGGUGGUCAUGGAGGGUCGAGGCUACUCCUUCCAAUUGUGACUUCGAUAGCGUACCAACCUGAUUUGACCCAUGACAUCGAUGUGAUACACGUGAAAACGGGUACCAGCCGCUAUGAAUCAACACGUCCAAGACACGGUCACGUAAGUAGUGAUUAUGUCUUUGGUCUAUUGGAUAACUUUGGCUAUAGGUCUAAGGUGGUGCCUAAUUUCAGUCGUUGUCAACGUAUGCGUAGGUUACAUCAGCGUCGUUUGGGUGGUCCUGAUGGGACGAGUGCCCAUGAGUCAAGUGUGGCACCUGAUUUAAUGGAUACCUCCUGUAACCCGGUUGUUACGUUGCAUUCGCAUAAGUACCGCUGCCGUGUAGUUAACAGAUCCGCUAGGUGCGGAUCACGAUGCAGACUCCGCAAGGUUUGCCAUGGCACGUUUAAUCAAGGCUGGUCAUCCAGUCAGGCCGAGAAUUCAGACUCCCAUGAUUCUACACCUAGUGACAACAGUGGCGCCAUAGGUAUUGAAACUAAUACGGUGCAUACUAUCAGGAUAAGUCUAUGCAACCCGUUACCUAUGGAUAUAAUCCUACGUGAUGUGACAGUGUUGACCUGUGGAGUUCCUGUAGAGUCCUUAACUCAGGAUGUGCUCCUACCUGCCUUGGCCAAGCGUCAUGAAUUCAAGCUACAUAUCAUCCCACGUACUGCUGGGAUAUUGGAUAUUAUCGGCGUCAGGUUUGUGUUGUUUAACGGUAUAGAGUCCAGUCAGCUGCUACUGAAUGUAGAUACCAGUGACGUCAUUGCCCUGACUUCAUCCAUGAGCGGGGGUUCGUGGUCAAUGGACAUAAUACGUGAUUUAUGUUGCUCUGGAGCGGGCCUUAGGUUUAACAUUAGUUAUCCCAUAUACAAAAUUGCUAUUGGCUACCAGACUAGCAAGAUUGGUGUUGUUAGCAGUAACCGUUUUUCUGUUGACCAGUUAUGUACUAGCAGAAUGCCUAUGAACAGUUCGGGUAUAGAGCGAUUGCGUUCUCGCAGCAUAUCGGUGUCCAUAGUAUCGCGCUGCACUCCGCGAGUAACUUCUGAAUACGAUUCAACUCAUCCAGGCGUGCGCAUACCGCUGUCGAGUGAUGCAUCACUCCCUCAAACAUUGAGACUAUGCUGUUUUGAGUCGUGUUGGAUAUGUACUGUAACACGUCAGAAAUCUAAUGAGUUCAUGGGUCAGAAGAGCCCCAAGCUUGAGUUGAUAGAGGGUGAAGAGCGUUUAAUCCACUUGAUGCUUUAUAACAGUUCGGGCUCGAUUAUGUUGUACAACUUUGCUGUUAGCGUUUUACCAGUUCUUGAUGAGCCCGAUGUUCUGUGUGAUGCAAUGACUCUCCGUGAUCGUGAAUUGGCUACUGCUCGUCAGCGUACUGAUAGUGUAAGGCGAUCAAGUGAUUUAUCACGGCACUUUAAGAUAUUCUCCGAUCGUGCCAUGGUGAUAUCGUCUGGAUCUGAGGCUCCGUUAUAUUCAUAUAGGAGUCGAUCUUCCGAUAUAAGUUCAGCUCGUAGCCUGAAUUCAAACUCAGGUGACGUGGUGUUAUUAUACCCGGGUAGUACUUUAUAUAUCCCUAUAGUCUAUCGUGCGUCGGUUACUGACUGUCGAUUCCACGUACGUGUGGACUAUGAGUACAAUUCUGGAUAUGGUCCCGUUAGGGCCACUGUCUAUAAGCUGAUUGACGUAUCAGUGUCUAAGGGUCUAUCUAUCGGUAAACUAGGGAUGUCAGUGCAGCCGCGUAUCGAAUUUGACCUUAGAACACUACUAUCUGGGAUACAACCGCUGCUAUCACCCGUUACAAUGCAGUAUUUACAAAGCCUAAAGAGUGUAUUCGAUGGCCAUGAUGUGGACAUAGAGGUGAGCAUUGCUAAUGACACGGAUCGCCCCUUUAUGUGUAUGAGUGGUUCUGGUGUUUCCAAGGGUUUCGUUGCUUUACCCAGGACUGAUGCUACAUGGCGUAUUCGUUCUCAGCGCCUGUUGUACAUGGCUGCUAAGCAGAUGACUGCUGAUAACUUCGUUCAGCUUCUAGACCACCAUUUAGCACUCCGUUGGUCUUUGGGCUCCUCUCGUGAGGGUGAGUUACGGAUAAGUGACUUGAGUCAUCAGCGUGAUCGUAUGGUUAACACCAGCGCAGUGGUUUCGAAGGCUACUUACAGGCGCUCUGUAAUGUCACAGUACACACGCGUUGGUGUAUGGCGCCUCAAGUCGGCUGGUCGCCCAUUACCACUUUACGGCUUCUCACGUGUUCCUGAGGUGGUACUAUCCAGUUUACACUGCAUGGUGGAAUCUCGCAUAUCACUCGAUAUAUGCAUAUCACUGGGUUCAUCUGCGUUCUAUAGCACUAGUGCCGAUACCGAGAGCAAGUUUUGUGUUAGGGUACCCUUGCACGUGCGUUUCAAUAUAUCAGUCUACGCUCGUAACAAUGGCGACAGUGCCGUGGAGGACUAUUUAACCUGUAUACUUCCAUUUAACCCUGGUACUUACACUAGACCAUAUGGCAUUAGCUGGACAGGUUCUUUGGAGCAGCUGGGUAUCUACAGUUUACUUCCUGGAAACCGCAUUUCACCAAGGUCCAUUGCUGCGAAUCACAGCACCAAUGGCAGGCCAGGCGAGGACACAUUACCGCCAACAUGUCUCGGUGGGCAGCUUCAGGUAGCGCACAUGUCGAUGGUGGCUCGUGAAACCUGUGUUGUUGGUCUAACAGCCUGCAUCGUGGUACGCCGUGACAGUGCUGUCUACUGGCACCACAGGCCUGUUUUCAUCCAGGUGGUGCCUGCAUAUCAGCCUUUUGGGCUAGUAUAGACUAUAUAUAAUGUCACGUAGAUUCGUACUUCCCGGUGAAAGUCUGGGUC